AUCUAUCCUCGGUGUAGCAAAAGUCGCGUCUCUAUGUUCUACAGCUCAGACGGAAAAGUCACCUUUGGAUUCCUCCCUCCAUUGUUCAAUCGAUCAAAUUCACUCCUGCAAAUCCUACAAUCACCCAGAUCAAGAACUAGGGUUUUUAUCCGCAGAUUACCAUCCGUGGUCUCAGUUAGGGCUUCGAUGUCGCUACUGAAUCAACUCUUCAGCAGAGGCAUCCUCGGCGCAAAAUGUAAAACAUGCUUGACCUUGGCAAUCUCCCGUAUGAAGUUGCUGCAAAACAAGAGGGAUAUGCAGCUCAAACUUAUGCGCAAGGAGAUAGCUCAGUUUCUUCAGGCUGGUCAAGAACCUAUAGCUCAAAUAAGGGUGGAGCAUGUCAUACGGGAACAAAACAUAUGGUCUGCGUACGAAAUCUUGGAGUUGUUCUGUGAGUUUAUUCUUGCACGUGUACCCAUUCUUGACGGCCAGAGGGAGUGCCCUUCAGAAUUGCUUGAGGCUGUUGCAAGCAUAAUAUUUGCGGCUCCCAGAUGUUCAGAUGUUCCAGAUUUGUUGCAUGUGAGGAACUUAUUUGCUGCCAAAUAUGGGAAGGAGUUCACAGCAGGUGCUACUGAGCUUCGGCCAGAUACCAGUGUCAACCGUACAAUAAUCGAGAAACUAUCGGUCACUGCUCCAUCUGCUGCAGUAAAGCUUAAGGUAUUGAAGGAUGUUGCAGAAGAGUACAAUGUGGAGUGGGAUUCCUCCAAAACUGAAGCAGAAUUCAGUAAAAAGCCCGAAGAUCUAUUGAAUGGACCCAAGCAAGUAUACGGAGGCCCGGCACUUUCUCAAGCACCGGCCAAACACGGUCGUCCUGAAUAUUCAACUUCUAUCAAAGCAGCACAUCCAACUAUCUCUGCACAGAGGAAAGAAGACCCAGAGUUUCAUCAAUCUCCAAGCCCCGGCAACAUCACUUCCUUGUUGGGUCAGGAUGGGGUAAUUAAGUCAACAAACAGGAAUGAGAAUCCAACACCAGCUAAUGAUCUAAAAAGGGAUGCAAGGCCGCAAUCAUCUGAAAUAUUGGAGAAAGCUCGGACCGCUAUUGCUGCUGCAGAGCGUGCAACAGCUACUGCCCGUGCAGCUGCGCAAUUGGCCAACGUGAAAUUCGGCACACCCAAACUUGAAGAACAGAAGAGCUAGAAGGGCGAGAUAAAGUGAUUUUGCAUUAACGACCCAUCAUAAUUUUACUGCAACAGUAUGUCCUCUCUCAAGAAAGCAGAAAAUGUGAGUUGAUGUUGGUAAUAUACUCUUGACUCUCUUGGUUUAUGAAAAGUGUAUAUCCCGCUGUGAAUUAUUGAACCUGGGGUUAUUAUGUCAUUUCGGUGCUGGUCAACCAAACCAAACUGAGCUUUAUGUCCCAAUCAUUUGGGGUCGGCUACAUGAAUCCUUUUCCUCCAUUCCGGUGCCAUUCAAAAAAAAAAAUUUAUGUCAGUCAGUGCUGCUGUAUCUUAUUAUGUUUUUUACAAUAUGAGAAGUCCUAUACAUGGACCACAAUGUAUACAUACGUAAAUCUCUCGGGCGAUCUUUUCCAAGGUUAACUACUGGUAUUACUCUUUUUUA